GGGGUGACAUUUGUAUUUUGGUAAACUAUAAAUGAUAAUAUUGCCGCAUAAAUGUGUAUUUUUAUAAAAACAUCGUCAGUUUAUCGUUAGUUUAUUUCAUAUUUUUGAUUGUAGAUGGAGGAUUACGAAAAUGACUGAAUUGUCCGAUUAUUAUCUGGAGCGGUUGGGUUCACACAAUCCAGCCGCUGUAUCAAUCCCUUUGAGAGUUGGCGCUAAUACAAUUGGUCGCCUUCCAACAAAUAACAUUGUUUUGAGCUCAAAAUAUGCCUCCCGGAGACAUUGCACGAUAUAUGUGAUUGAUACAAAUAAACUUACGGCGAAGAAUGAUGCGUCAACAAACGGAAUCUUUGUCAAUGGCAUGCAGAGAACAGAUCGGGACGUCGAAAUAUGUUUGAAUGUGAAUGACAUCGUGGGAAUCGGAUGUGAUACAUCGAAAGACGAGAUCGUCGAUACAGAAUGUUUCAUUUUCAAAAUCAAACGAAACGAAGUCGAAAUCAAAAUGGAUGAGAUCAUUACGUUGGAUGACUCAGACGAGGAGGAGGAAUACAAAAUCCUAGAGGAAUACUCACAAAUGAACUUAUCGGAAAUGAAGCAAGAGUACAUGGAAUGUGAAGACCUGGUGGAAGAAAUGAAUUUGAGUAAAAAUGACCCAGACGUUGAAUUCGUUCCAAUCGAAAAUCCAGCCAUUGCAGGGGAUAAUUUUGGAGAAAUUGAUGCCGAUGAUGUGUUCGAAGAAAUUAUUGCAAAUUCGAAUAAAAGUUGUGCUGAAAAAACGGAGAUGAUAAAAAGUGUUGUUCCCAAUGUGAGCUCCUUUCUGAUGAAGGACUGUGCAGUCGCUGAAAAUGACAGGCCCGGUGUAAGUUCUAUUCUGAAGAAGGAAUGUGCUGUGGAUGAACGUGAUAAAUUGCCAUCAAAGCGAAUAAAAGAAACCAAAGAGAAAAAGAAAUCGAAAACUCGAGAUAAAAGAGAAUCGUCGGAAAGAAGAAAGGAACGGCGAGCAGUUAAAAAAUCUCCAAAAGCAGCGUCUGAGCAUCACAGAGACGGAAUCAAGGUUGAAAGAUCUCCGUCUCCACGGAUCAAAGAACUUACUGUCACGAUUCCGUUAACCCGUGUAUCAAGUCCUAAUAACAACAUUCGUGAAUCUUCAUCAGCACGGGAAAAGGGGUCAAAAGACGGUUCAAAUAAGCGGAUAGACGCACGCCACUCGACUGUCGAUCGUCGAAAAUCAUCAUCCACUUCAUCAGCUCAGAAAGAGUGCCGAAACGAUUCCAAACGACGGACUUCACAUUCGAGAAGUCGAAAUUCAUCCGCGUCAUCCAUUUCACCAGCUCAGGAAGAUUGCCGAAACGAUUCCAAACGACGGACUAAACAUUCGAGAACUCGAAAUUCAUCCGCGUCAUCCACUUCACCAGCUCAGGAAGAGUGCCGAAACGAUUCCAAAAGACAUUCAAACUCGAGAAAUCAAAAUUCAUCCGUGUCAUCCACAUCGCCGGUUCAAAAAGUGUGUCAAAACGAAUCCACGAAGACGCCGGAAGCUACACCUUCAAGAGUCUUGAAACGUCGGCACACAUAUGUUCCUACAUCCAUUUCAUCAGCUGAGAAAAGGAGCCGAAACGAUUCCAAGACACUGCCUGAGGCUACACAUUCGAGAAGUCGAAAUUCACACGUUCCGCCAUCCGCAUCUCCGCCUGAAAAGGUAUGUCAAAACGAUUCCACGAAGCCGCCGGAAUCAACAUAUUCGAGAAUCAUGCAACGUCGGAAGACAUUCGUUCCAUCGUCAACUUUAUCCAGCGGUUCAAUCAAACGACAAGUGGAAGUAAUUGACGCUCCACGUAUGAUGAAACGUCGAAAGAGUAUAUCUGCAAUGCCUGAGAUGAAGAUUCCCCCAUUGAAAGCACUGAAUGCGGAUGCCAAAUGGUUGUCGAAAAAUGUGCAACACAAAAACCAACGAAGAAGUUUGGAGGAGAAAAACGAAAUCAAAUCGAAACUUGCUGCCCUAGUUCCCAAAGAUAAAGCGCCUGAGGCGAAAGUCGUUCGAACGAACACAAAGAUACCGGUUAAGAACACCCAUAGAACGCGCAGUGAUCAAUUGACUGAUACAAUUGUAAAGACUAUCGCCGUAACACACAAACCCAAACUGAAUGGCACCAAUCUUCCCUCCGAAACGUUGAAACAGUUACGCACAACCGAACAUGAAAUUGCCAACGAAGAGCCGAAUAAAAUUCAACUGAGACGGCCAUCUUUUGUUCAGAAGGAUACAAUUAUAAAGACGAUCGCCGUAACACACAAACCCAAACUGAAUGGCACCACGCUUCCCACCGAAACGUGUAAACGCACAAUCGAACAUGAAAUUGUCAACGAACAGCCAAAUCAAAUUCAAUUGAGACGACCAUCGUUUGUUCAGAAGGAAGUGGUAAAAUCUACAGAAGUGAAACCAAAUGGUGACGGAUCCAGUGACCAUCCCAUUGCCGAUCGGACUGCUAAUACAUCAGAGACUGCAACCACAACGGCAACGUCUCCCGUUGUGAAAUCAAUUUUGAAAAAAUCAAAUUCAAUUCAAAAGCGACGAGCUACUGUAACAUUUGCUGAGGAAUCGCGUAACAAAAUCAAAAUUAUUACUAACGUCGCACCAGCUGCACCAGUUGCACCGGCCGUUCGAAGUGAGGAAGAUAAUGUUGAUGAUGUUAUCCACAACAUUAUGGCGUUGGGAAUGUCGGCGUUGAAACAGUCCUCCAGUGCGCUAAUAAAUGGCAAAAACUUUUCGUACAAAACUGUAGCUCAUGAGUACAGUUCACUUGGCCAUCUGCAAAAUGUCUUCAUACCGCUCAUGAAAGCCGAACUGUGGAAGGAGAUCGAGGACGGCUACGCUCACUCAAAGAACACAACAGCAACUAAUGUUCAAAUGAACUAUUGUUCGCGGGACGAAAAUUAUCCGAACCGGUUUAAGUGCCACUGUGAAGCCCAAUCGCCAGCAGCAAUUCAAAACGGGGCAUUGGUAUUGAUGUUAGGUGUUCAUUCCGGUAAAGAAUUCCUCGGAUAUAUUACCAACCGACAGAUGACAAACAAAGUUUGUUACUUUCAAUUCGUAACCUCCUGCUACAUUGAAACAAACGCCAGUUCGGGGACACCACUAAAAUUAAAGCAAAUUAUGUACGUCCGGCCAAAUUUGAAAGUGUUUGAGGCGUUAUUCAAACUGAAGAAUUCUCCACUGCUCCAGCAUGUAUUGCAUCCGAGACAAAAUUGUAUCAGCCCGCAAAAGCAACAUUUUCAGUACAAGGGAUAUAACAGCCUUAAUCAGGAUCAAAUGAUUACACUGAGUUCGAUCUAUCGCAAGUGUAUCGCAGGGAAUCCAUUCAUUUCCCUUAUCGAGGGACCACCAGGAACAGGCAAGACAAGACUGAUCACCAAUUUUGUUCUGCAACUCUUGUAUGGAAAGGAGAUCACACAACCCCUGAAAAUUCUCGUCUGUGCUCCAAGCAAUGCGGCUGUCGAUAUACUAACAAAAAACCUGAUGGAAGCUCGGAAAAACUAUGUGAUCGAAAAAGGCCAAAAGAAAAUGAAACUCGUGCGUUUCGGUGUUUUGGAGAAGAUGGACGUGUCGGUGAGAGGUGUGUCAAUUCAGGGUUUAACGAAUCAAAACGAGAAGACGAAAUUGAUCGAGCAGAGCAAAUUGAUGGAGUGUAAAAAGAAGAAAGAAGCUGAUCUGGCCGUAUGCACAGCGAAGCAUGAAAGAGAGAAGAUUAGUGCCAUACGAAAGGAAAUCGGUGUGAUCGAGGUAAAAAUGCAGAAUGUCACGUACGACGAAAAGUGUUUACUCGAAGGAGCCAAUGUCAUCUGCACUACACUAAAUAGUUGUUGUGCAUUGUCCAGUAAAAUCUCAACGAUCGAUGUUUGCAUUAUAGACGAAGCUACGCAGUGCAAUGAGCCUACCUCACUCAUACCGUUGCAAUUUGGGGUAAAAUCUUUGAUUCUUGUUGGUGAUACUAAGCAAUUACCCUCAACUGUGUUGUCCGAAAUCGCCAAACAAUACAAUUAUGACCAGUCGCUGUUCCAACGAUUGCAGAAAUCAUUUGAAUCGGAAAACAAAUUCGAAAAUCCGAUCUUACAAUUGGCCACUCAAUAUCGCAUGCAUCCAGACAUCUUACACUGGCCCAACCAAUACUUCUACAAAAAUCAGCUGACGUCGGCCGAUCAAACCGAUAAAUUUCCGUUGAAACUGAAACCGUACACCGUUUUCAAUUUAAAUUAUGUCCAGUCGCUGCACACCGGACAAAAGCACAUUUCGAAUGUGGACGAAGCGAAAUUCGUGCGCAAUUUGUUGGACUUCCUGCUGACCAAGGCUGAUCCGAAAACGUAUACGUACGGAAUUAUUUCGGCGUAUUCUCAACAGAAGAACGAUCUGGCGAAAGUGUUGAGCUCAACGCAUCCGUACGUUACGGUGAAUACAAUCGAUUCAUGCCAAGGACAAGAACGUGAUAUUGUGAUUAUUUCCAUUGCCCGAACCCGUGGAAUUGGUUUUUUGGCGAUUCGACAGCGACUUAAUGUGGCCUUAACUCGUGCGAAGAAAAUGUUGAUUUUGUGCGGUAAUUUCAAUUCGUUGCAGAGUCAUCCAAUGUGGACCAGCCUGCUGGAUGAUGCACGGAAUCGUAAACUGUACAUUCAUUUACCACCGACAAUAGAAGACAGCUCAUUGUGUUCCUACUUUCAAAAUACACUAAUUACCUGAUUAUUAUUAUUUUCGUAUAAUACUCGCAUUCACAGUUUUGUCGAAUGGGUGAAUACUUAUUUUUUAGUUUAAUGAUGCUUAUGUUUUGCAAACAUAGUUACCAUGUUGCUAAAAGAUUUGAUUAAAGCGUCAUUGCGCUGACA